AUGUCGGGCGAAGCGUGGUUGUUCCUCUUUGCGGUGUUGAUCAACGCUGUCAACCUUUUCCUUCAGGUCUUCUUCACCAUCAUGUACAGCGAUCUGGAAUGUGACUACAUCAACCCCAUCGAUCUCUGCAACCGUCUCAACACCUACAUCAUCCCCGAAGUCGCCGUCCAUGGUUUCCUGACCUUCCUCUUCCUCAUCAACGGUUACUGGCUGCCUCUCAUUCUCAACCUGCCGCUCCUGGGCUGGAAUAUCAAGAAGAUCGUCGACAACGCCCAUCUGCUGGAUGCUACCGAGAUCUUCCGCAAGCUUAACGUCCAUAAGAAGGAAUCAUUCACGAAGCUUGGUUUCCACCUGGUCAUGUUCUUCUUCUACCUGUACAGCAUGAUCGUCGCGCUCAUCCGGGACGAGUCGUCCUAA